ACUGAACACUAGCUUAUGCGCGUUCUUACUUAAUUGCACACUUGCCAGCGAAAGGGGAGAGCGGAGGAACGCAUCAUGGAGCCUCACAUGGAGAGCGCGCUGCGUGAGGGGUUGACGGAGCCGGAGCGUCGGGAGCUGGAGGGCGUGGUGGAGGAGCACCACACGUUCCCCGGGCGCGCCGGCGGGACGUGCACGUCGCUGGUGACGCAGCGCGUGCAGGCGCCGCUCGCCGCCGUGUGGGCCAUCGUGCGCAGCUUCGCCAACCCGCAGCGCUACAAGCACUUCAUCAAGUCCUGCGACCUCGCCGCCGGCGACGGCGCCACGGUCGGCAGCGUCCGCGAGGUCACCGUCGUCUCCGGCCUCCCGGCCUCCACCAGCACCGAGCGCCUCGAGAUCCUCGACGACGACCGCCACAUCCUCAGCUUCCGCGUCGUCGGCGGGGAGCACCGCCUCCGCAACUACCGCUCCGUCACCUCCGUCACCGAGUUCGCGCCGCCGGACAGCCCCGAGGUCCCUGCAUACUGCGUCGUCGUCGAGUCCUACGUCGUCGACGUGCCCGACGGCAACACCGAGGAGGACACCCGCAUGUUCACCGACACCGUCGUCAAGCUCAACCUCCAGAAGCUCUCCGCCAUAGCGACCGUUAGCUCCCCUUCCUCCCCGCCGCCGCCGUCCGGUGAGCAAAGCUAAUGGUCAUCAGUGAUCGAUCGUUCCUCCAUGGCCGGUUGCGUUCGAUGGAAUGCAUGCAUUGUGAGGAGGAUGCUUCCUUCUUCUUUUUUUCCCCUUUUUUCUACCAAAAAAAAAGAGAAGAAUUUAAUGUUAUUGCAAUCUGAUGGGUGAUGACAUCGAAAGAGGGUGCAAGUUGGUGUUUUUAUUUUCGUUUUUGUAUGUAUAUUCCAACGAUCGUUAUCUUGCAAUGUCAUCAUGUUAUCACUCUUUUUUUGU